AUGUUACUGGCUGGAUUAAAAGCAAUUCAAAGUGGUCUGUCAGCUCCUAUUCUUAAGGACAUGCUUGAUGCUAGACUUCUUACUAUACUGCUCAAACUUUUUACAAGUAAUACUUUUUGGGCUACUACAGAAAGGAAAACUAUAAGUACAAAGUUUUAUAACAAGAGGAAGAUCUCAGCUGCUAUAGCCCUAUCGCAAACCUCCUGCAAAACUAAGGGCUGGCCAGACAGCUGGAAGCCUUAUAUUACAGCAUGGGGAAGAUUCAAAAGAAAAAUCCUAACCAAUUAUACAUGGCUUUGGUCUUUAGAACAAAUCAAAAUUAGUGAUAUUUCGGGUAAUCUGUUUAUAGUAAAAGGAGUUCUAAAAAGCUUUCACACCCUCUCAAGCUCAGCCACUACUAAUUCUUUAGAAAAAAACACCUCUUACGAUUGGAUAAAAAUGAAGUGGUUACUGAACAAAAAGAAGGAUAUAUUUUGGAGACUAAUUCACAGAGCACUUCCUCUUGGAUACAGGCUUAUUCAUAUUGACCAAACCAACUUAGGGGACUGUCCUAAUUGCCCUUUUAUUACUCAAACAAUAGAACAUUUUGCUCUUAAAUGCUUACUAAGCAAAGUAAUCUGA